GUGUGAUUGGAGACAGUAGAGGGAGCACAUGUGGUUUGGUCUCGUCAGACUGGGAAGUAGACAUGUCUACAAGUAUGUACUACUUUGCAGCACAGAAAACUCGGGCAUUGCAGAUUACCAGUGGAAUUGUUGCAUGUCAGUCUUUCUUUGGGAUUUCUGACACUCCAUGUGAAAAUACUUGUUUGGUGGGGGGAUGUCCUUCCCCCUCCCUCCUUCUUCUUCUUCUUCUUCUUCUUCCUAAACCAUGCAUGUGACUCUCUCUCUCUCUCUCUCUCUCUCUCUCUCUCUCUCUCUCUCUCUCUACAGCCACACAUAGAGCUUGAAGCUUACUCAACCCUAUCCACUCCUUUUCUAUAUAAACCACUUUCAUGCUGCAGAAACUUGAAAAAAACUUCUUCCAUCUCCUCAUUUUAACCAGAAUGCAAGGCCAAACAGCUUACAAGCUUCUUCUCUGGACAUCUCUUACUUCUGCUUCUCUUCUCUGCCAUGGAUGGGGAGAAAAAUGUACUACAAAUGAUCAUGCUCCAACAGUGCAACAGUCUCAAAUAGCGGUUGGAAGGUCUCCAACAUUCAUGGUGGAAGUGCAGAACAACUGCCCAAUGUGCCCAGUUAUCAACCUUCACUUGAAGUGCGGUAGCUUUCCUCAAGCUCUGGUGAAUCCCAGGCUACUCAAGGUUUUAAGCAACAAUGACUGCGUGGUGAAUAGCGGUUUACCAUUGGCACCUCUGCAAAAAAUUUCCUUCAAUUACUCUCACCAACUGUAUCCGAUGUCUCCUAAAAUCUGGUAUUUCCAAUGUGAGUGAGACGAGUGAUAAAAGCACUAAUCGGUAGCACCUCAUUGUCCUUUGCUUUAUAUUUUAUUGAUCAGCUAAUGUGAUUGAGUAGCCACUAGUGUAAGGUUAAGGUUAAGAUUCCAUUGACCAUUGGAGUUAAUGUAAGAGUAUUUUUGGCUAGUGUAUUCAUUCCAUGAAAUUCCAGUUCUGCACAUCAAAUAAUCUUUAUAGAAAAACACCAAGAACAAAGCUCAAAUUCAUACAACUUUCCCGAGGGAUAGAGAUCACAAACAAUAGAUUAUAACCAAAAAUAAAAAGAGCAUCACUGGGACCAACUGUAGAAUUGAUAAACAAGUAGUUGAGCAAACAAAUACUAGAUCCACCUUUCAAAUAGCUUUUGAAGAAGGUUCUAAUGAUGGAAGUUGUUCAAUAUGCUUUAACAAUGACAACAAUUCUUCACCUCAUACACAGAAAAUUGACUACUUGAUGGAGCAUCACAACACAAAAAUGGUUGAAAAUGACAAAGCAACAAAGAUGUGUUGAAACUUUUUAAGUGUACUGGAAGGCAAAGUUUACAUUCUCAGAUGAACAAAGCACCAAUCGAGACUGCCAGACAACAGAUGAACAGAUAUAACUAGAAAAUGCACAAUGAAACUGCAGGGCAGAGGAACCAAGUGCACAUACCAACCUAGUUUAGAAUGCUGGUUUAGUGUUUUUAUUUUAUCUUUAACUACCU